AAGACGUCAAAGCCAUCAACAAAGCCAUGCGCUCUAAUGUUUUGGUCGUGCAGUUUUCUGCUUGAUGUGUGCGGAGUAACAACGCUGUGCGGGUUCCAGUGACUCUAAAUUACGUAAAAUGCCUUUUAUUUCAAAAGAUUGGCGUUCGCCUGGAGAAGAGUGGGUUAAAACCGAAGAAGGCUGGGAGAAAAAGAAAAUCCUUGAAUGUGGACGCCAACUCGGAAACCAGCAAGAAAACAUGGAACCCAGUUCCCUUGGAAACAUCAACAGCAACGAACUAACAUUCUCGGGCAUGUCAGGGCGAUGGUUGGAGGAGGAAGACAAGGAGAACGUCCCCAUGGAGACCUCAGACUCGGAGACGCUGGCGUUGCAGUCGCGACAGGCUACAGAUGGGACAGUUCAGCCACAUUGCCACAUCACUAUCAAAUGUACCCGAGAGAUUGCAGGCUUCAACGGGCUAAGUGACGCUUUUAAAAGAUUGGACUUCAGGAAUGCUGUGCAUGAUGUUCGAAGAUUCAACUAUAUUUGCAAAUUAUUGGAUCUUCUUAUCUCUCAGAAAAUGACAAUCCUGGUGACGAUGUGUUCCCAAAGCUACAAAACCUUCCAGAGGAAUGUGUACGUGAAGUCCUCCUACGUCUUGCUGACCACAAGGACUUGGAGAACAGUGGGAAGGCCUAUAGUGUGAUGCAGCGCCUUGUGGAUGAGCAGCGUAUUUGGAGAGAACUAUGCCAGUUCCAUUUCUCUCCUCAGCAAAUCAGUUUCAUAAUGGAGAGGGAGCAAAUGGAGGGCCGUCCUCGUGACUGGCAGACUGCUUACCAUAAACUCAGGAAAUCUUUUGGUCUUCGAGAAGAAUACGCAGAAAUGAUCCAGCUGUGUCGAAAUUGCCGCUGCCUCUUUUGGAAAUCUAUUGGGCAUCCUUGCAUUGCAGACCAAGAUCCGGAAUUUCAAGAGAAACUUGAAAAUGUAGAUAAAAAUUCUUUACAUGUUCCAAUUCCGCCUCACGCCUUCCUCAAAUUCUUCUCCCUGUGACUGGCUUCACUGGGAUUGGAAACAAAUCUGUGUGCUGAUCUCUGCAUGAAACAUGGAAUGUCUCUGCUUUGAAGAUGUCCAUUGUGUUGGAGAAUGCAGUUCAUCCUGUGUCAUCUGACAAAACCAGGCACCGCCUAAACUACCAAAAGGAUGAAAUCCAAUAUGACGUAGAGGCAUAAAGUAAUUUAUGGUGAUGAAACAGGGAACUCUAGAAAAGGGAGGUACUUUGCCUUAAUAGAAAUGUUGAAAGUUUAUUUUAUGUUCAUUUGUUUUUAUCAUGUGGCUGUAAGAUUACUUGCAAGAGGUGGUGUACAGUUUGUCUCUGAACUUGUGAUCAGAUACUCAUAAUAUAAACUUAUAAAGUUCUGUUUCUGUGAAGGAGAAUUUUAAAAUUUGAGCAUUUUAUUGCAUUUCAGUGAGUGUCGUGUAAUUUUAAAGGCUUUAUUUUGAUAGUUGCAAGUUUCCAUUGCAGAUUUUUAUCACUGUUUUUGUGUUACUUUACUAGUCAAAUAUGAAUAGUAUCUAUCACAACUGUCAGAUGGAAAUGUUUAUUUGUUUCUUUCCAUUUUAUCUGUCAUUUUGAUUUGUCAAACAUUUUGGAACUUAUAUUGCUCUUGAAGAGUUGAACCUCUGGAAUUGUUUGUUGGGACUGUCAUGUACAUGUGAUUAUUUAUUGUUUAUGAAAUGAUGAAUGUAGAUUGAGAAAAUGCGCUUUGUGAUUUAAAGGCAGUUGUACGUUUAUGAUUGACAUUUGUUUCAACCAGUGGUAGAUCCAGACAGGAAUAAUUGAGGCAAAUGCCCUCUCUUGUAGAGGAAAUAUCUUUUAUUCUAAGAAUAAUAUUUAUACGUUAGAUUUUUAAGGGUCUAUGAGAAUUUAUGAGAUUUAAAGUAAAUGUUAAUUUAUAUUUCCAUUUGAUGGUUAGUUGUCAUAACAGACAUUAAGUCACAAGAGGUUGCUGAUGUGUUUCUGGACAUUUUGGUAGAAAGGGAAUGUAUCUAGAUCUGCCACUGGUGUGAAAGAAAAUAUGAACUUAUUUGCAGCUAUUGGUAGAAUGUUCCAAGUGAGUACUUUAUUAUAUUUCUUUUCUAAGCAGUUAUUGUUUUUUAUAUUCUGUGGAAGUUAUUUGCAGGAUUAAUAGUUUCAUAGAAGGUUAAAUAUGGGACAUUGAUAUUGUUAUUUUUAUUUUUUAUUUGAAAUUUUAAAUUUCUUUAUGCAAAGCAUAGCUAUGACAAUAUGCCCUGUUGUAGUUGAGUUUGGUGUGGAUAUAAUUUCCAUAAGCAAUCUUAAAUAUUGAUAUUUCAUUUAUGAUAACAAAUUAUUUGUGGUCUUGUUUUUUAUGAGCUUGGAUGCACGAGUCUAACAUGUAGAAAAUAUUCCCAGAAGCUAAUUGAAUACAUAUGAAGUUUGUUUUGAACAUAUAGAUUUUAUUAUUUGCAGUUGAUAAGUGGUGAAAACAUCUGAGAUGGUAGAUAUGUGUGAAUGUAUGCAAAAUAAAUGAUUUCAUCUAUUGCACCGUUGCAUUAACUUUCCUAAAGGAAAUGUUGAAGAUACUGCAAUGUUGUUGCCCACAUACGGAUUUGUAAAUGUGCUGACCAAACUUAAAUGCACUAUUUUAUUGUGGCUUAUGUGGCCAUAUUUUUAUAUACACAUUGUACAGCUGUUGUUUCUAUGUAUGUUUUUCCACUCUAAAGUCUUUGUUGCUGAUAGAUCUGUUGAUGUGUUAGAAAUGAUCAGAUAGCAUAUCUGCGGUGGCAGUUCCAUUAUGAUCAUUUAGAUAUUUGUAACAAACUUUGUUAUACUCAUUGAUUGUCGUAUGUGAUAGAGAAUUCUAGUUUGUGUUAGGUGCAUGCGCCUAAAUCAUUUUUCUCUGAACUUUUCUCCUGUAUUCUUUGUAAUACAAAUGUGAGAAUAAAAACAUUUAGUGAUAGAACAACUGAAAUUUCUGUUUUAAAUGAAGACAAUU